AUAUCUGUUAGUUUGGAGUAUUUAAGGAAAGAACACUCGUUUCCAUUGUGUUAUACUAAUGAUGCAUAGAGUCAACAUGAUGAUGCACGUAAUUCCUGUAUAAUGUGGUUCGAUUGAACAAAAUCUUGUAAUAUAACGAACUGCUGCAAAAAAAAUAUCAAUCGCAUCAUAAACUUAAUUGUAAAUUACAUGUGUAGAAAAAAACCUGCAUUAUUGAACAAAAAAAUCAAUUAUAGCUCAAAUCGAUGAUUUUACCGGGUCAUUAUAUUCUGAUUUUAUGAAUGCUUUGAGUAGUUCAAUACAGGAAAACUUUAGCAACAUAUGGAUUUUACUUCUUGUUAGUGAAUAUGUGACAACUUAUUUUUGACAUCAUGUUUUUAAUACGCCUUCGGAUUUUUAGUCGGAUUAAACUUUCUGAAGGUUCAACAAACAUGAAGAUAGCGUUAAGUGAAUAAAGUUAGCUGUGAACAGAGCAGAUGUUUUUAGACAAAUAGAAACAAUUGUUCAAAAAUCUAUAUCAACAAAUGUUUGAUAAGAUGAGGUACUAAUCAUUGUAAGAGCACGAUGACAAACAAUGUGUCUAUAGGAGUUUACAAUACAGUUCUUAACGUAACUGAACCAAACUUUAGUUUUUUACUCGAAAAUUCAACUCAAAUAUGGAACUCGACGGAAAACACGUCGUCUCAAACAUUUUCUUAUGUUCCACGAUACGAAACAAGUUAUAUGGUGAUUAUUGUCAUAAUUCUUGGAUGUAUGAUACUGUCGACGAUACUUGGAAACGUUUUUGUAAUUGCUGCUAUUAUUUUAGAACGAAGUCUGCAAGGCGUGUCAAACUAUUUAAUUCUGUCUUUAGCAGUUACCGAUUUAAUGGUAGCCGUUUUAGUCAUGCCGAUAAGUGUCGUCAACCAAGUGAGUGUGUACUGGUAUCUCGGCUCAGAACUAUGUGAUAUGUGGGUAUCUUUUGACGUUCUUUGUUGCACUGCUUCGAUAUUGCAUCUUGUUGCAAUUUCGUUGGAUCGGUACUGGGCUGUAUCAAACAUUGAUUAUAUUCGAAGGCGUUGUGCAAAACAGAUACUAAUAAUGAUUGUUAUAGUUUGGAUUGUAUCAGUCUUAAUUUCUAUCACACCUCUAUUUGGGUGGAAAAAAGAAGAGAACAACCCCGAAACUGUUGGAAAUUGCUUAAUUAGUCAAGAUUACGCAUAUACUGUACUUUCCACUGUUGGCGCUUUUUACUGUCCUAUGGUUCUUAUGUUAGUUUUAAAUUAUAAAAUAUACACAGCUGCAAGAUCGAGGAUUCGUAAAAAACAUUUUAGUAGUAGUAGUAGUAAUGCCAGACCAAUUCCAUGUCAGACUAUUACAAAUGCUGAUGUCACUACUCAUCAUAACUCAUCUGGAAGUGACGUCAGCCAAGAUGGCUUCACUGUAUAUAACGGGUCAUGUAUAAAUGGACCUGAAUUUGAGAACACUGAAACUGUUCCUACCGAUUAUCAGCUAAACGGGACUGGAAACAUAUCCGACUCUCAACUCAAAUACUUAACAGUGCCGACAAAUGUGUAUUCGUUUAACAAACCACUAAAUCCGAAAACAUCAGCAGAAAAUAAUAACUGCAGUAAAGAAAUCAAAUUUAAAGAAACUAAAGAGAAAAUGAGAAAAGCAAAACUUGAAAUGAAACGAGAACGUAAGGCAGCACGGGUUCUUGGAAUAAUUACUGGUGCGUUUAUCGCCUGCUGGCUUCCAUUUUUCAUUAUUGCUUUCACUGCUCCCUUUUGUGGUGAAUUAUGUAAUAUUCCACCAGAAGUGUUUAGUAUAUUUCUAUGGCUUGGAUAUUUUAAUAGCUUAUUGAAUCCAAUUAUUUAUACAGUAUUUAAUCCUUCUUUCCGAAAUGCUUUCAACAAGUUGUUUUUUAAACGAAAACGACGAUUAAGAUAGCUAAACACAAAUAUAAUUGAUAGAUUAUAAGUGAUAAAAAGCCUUAACUGAGAUUCAACUCCCCUUUUUUUUUACUCAAUACCAAACUUUAAGUGUUUUUUAAAGGCUUUUUUUCAAAUAUGUUACAUUCAUGUUAUAAAUAUAGUGACUAUUUUUCUAACUAAUUUGAAGAAAAAAACGUGUGAUAUUUUUACUGAGAACUGUUACGAUAUAUGUAAAAUGAAGCAUUCCAUUGUGCAGAAAAUGAUCAUUGCUUACAUAGUCCGUAUAGAAAUUCCAAAAUAAUCGAUCACUACAUUAGUCCUUCAAACAUUCAAAAUUGUAAAUCUUUUGUUCAUAAAUAAUUUUCAUUCGACGGAACUCAUGCUCUACUUAAUAUUUCUUAAGUAAUUACAAUUAAACUGCAAGAAACAUAUCUUUGAUGAAUUUGAAUAGAACUUUGGUCAAAUUUUAACUUACAACAUUACCGUUUUAAAGGCAGAAUUCAUCUAAGUUUAUCAUCACGCUUAAAGAGAUGUUACCAUGAAUAUUUUUGAUAAUUUUGGUGAAAAAAACACUUACUUUUUCACACAAUUUUAGAAUUCAUAUUAUUUAUUACUUAUUCGUUACUUUGUACCAUCGUCUACCACUUGCCUUUUGGAUACUAUAAAGAGAAUUCGAAUUUCUAUACGGACACAUUAAAAUUCAUUAAAGAUGUUGUAUAUUUAAUGGUGCAAUAUUUAUUGAAUCAAAUUGUAUUCUUUUUAAAUAAAAUCAAAAUGUAAGUAUGAAAACCGUGUUGAACACGGACACGCAAACAUUAAAAUGUACAUACAAUGAUGCACUUAAAGUGAAUAAAAUACGUAAAACGUUUC